AUGUUAAUUGCACUUAGUGCUAAAAACAAACUCACCAUAGUCAAUGGUGAGUACAAAGAGCCAACUUCAACUUCACCUCUCAAACCACAUUGGGACAGAACCAAUGACAUGGUAAUCUCUUGGAUUUUAAACUCUGUAUGUGAUUCUAUUGCAAAUAACCUUAGUUUCAUUCAUACUGCACAUGCCUUGUGGACUGAGUUAAUUGAGCACUAUAGUCAGCUAGAUAAUCAUAGAAUUUAUCAAGUUUCUGUUGACAUCUCCAACCUGAGGAAAGAAACCAUGAGUAUUGAGACUUAUUACCAUAAACUCAAAGGACUUUGGGAUGAGUUAGAUGCCUUAGAAGCACCUUAUGCUUGCACUUGUGUUUGUAUUUGUGAAAAUGGUAAGAAAAAUGGAGAAAGGGAGCAAAAGAAGAGGUUUGUUACAGUUUUUGAUGGGUCUAGAUGA